AUGCCCGAUCACGACGAGUCUAGAGUCUCAGCGGCUCUUUCGGAUAACGGAGACCAUUACGACGACGACAAGGAUAUGGCUCUAGAUGAUGAUACUAGGAUGGCUGACCAAAACCAGGGUUCGGACGGUGCCGGAGAGGAGGUAAAGAAGAAGUACGACCCAAAAGACCCCUUUCGACCGAGGCGGAAGAAGGCGAGGAGAGCCUGUUAUGCUUGCCAGAGAGCCCAUCUGACGUGCGGCGAUGAGAGACCCUGUCAGCGCUGCAUCAAGCGAGGGCUCGCAGAUGCGUGUCAGGAUGGAGUCCGCAAGAAGGCGAAAUACCUCCAUGACGCACCGCCGGAGGCACUCCUACCAGUCUUAGGUCCCAAUUAUAACCCUAAUUCACCCACUUCUCGACAGAACGACCACAAGCCCCAGGCGGGCCAGGAGUCGGAUGUGUCGGUAGCUGGAAGUACCUUCGCCCACGUACCUAACACGAGCCAAUCGUUCCCAGUGUACUCAUCGGUAGUCCCGCCGUCGAUCAGCGGCCUUCCGGAAGGGCUUGGCUUUGCCACGCAGACCUCUCCAGUUUCUCCAUCGUUCCAGGCGCCACGCAACAACCCGCUAGGGCCGGUCAUGGGAAUGAAUAGCAUGCCUGACCCGAUGGGCAUCAGCGCCAUCUUUGACCCCAGCAACCCGGCGCUGUUCAACUUUGAUCUCGAGAACCUGAACUUUGGUAGUCAGUAUCCGGCGAUGGAGUUUGAGAUGCUGGCGCACAUGUCCUCUGGGGCGGUGGAUGCCAAUCCAUCGGACCCAAACAUGCCCACGCCUCCUGCAUCCAAUGUGAACUUUUCAGGCGUCUUCUCCAAUGGUAACAACCCGCAAUACAGCGGGCCACCUGGUUACGACGCAUCACUGCAUGGUCUUCCUCACGCUUAUGCCGUUGCGGCGCAAGCAAAUAGCGCGGGUCUCGCGAGCCCCAGCACGGAUAACACGGCCAGUCCGCAGCCACAUCUUUUCGAAGGCUCUCCGACCACGGCGCAUUACACCAAUCCUGCGGGAAACGCGACGACGGUGCACAACAAGUCGAGGUCUAUUUCCAAGAAGCUGACGUCGCAAACGCUCCUGGGCAAGCGACGGCGCGAUUCCUCCUUCAUCUAUGAGACGGUCAAGGAGCCGUAUCCUUAUACCAACGGGUUCCAUAACCUGAUUGCCUUUUUGCAAAAGCGGUUCACGGCGACCAAGACAUUGCGCAUCGCCAAGUCUCUCGCGAGCAUUCGUCCGUCUUUCAUCUCGUGCACGAAAACGUUGAAUCGGCAAGAUCUGAUCUUUAUGGAGAAGUGCUUCCAGCGCACCCUCUUCGAGUACGAAGACUUCAUGCAGCACUGCUCGGCGCCGACGAUUGUGUGUCGGAGAACCGGAGAGGUCGCGGCUGUCAACAAGGAAUUCACGGCCCUCACGGGGUGGACCAAGGAUGUCCUACUGGGCAAGGAACCGAACCUCAAUACCAACACGGGCGGCGUAUCCAACGGCGCCUCGAACGGGCGCGUAGGCCUAGCUACACCGCACCUCCGACCCGCGACGCUCGAAAACGGGACCAACGGCGCGGAGAAGCGACCCCAGCCAGUCUUCAUUCCCGAGCUUCUCGAUGAUGACAGCGCGAUCGAGUUUUACGAGGAUUUCGCCGAACUGGCUUUCGAGAACAGCCGUGGCCACGUCAAUCGCAAGUGCCGACUGCUGAAAUACCGGCCCAACCUAGACGGUGCCUCCGGAGCGGGGCCCAAUUCGGGCAAGGACAGCCGCGGGGGUGGCAUCCUCGGGAGCCGGGUGGCCAAGAUUGACGGCGAGCACGGCAUCCGCGGGAUUGAGAAGGACGGAAAGGUGGACUGCACGUACUGCUGGGUGAUUAAACGAGACGUGUUUGAUAUCCCCAUGUUGAUUGUGAUGAAUUUCCUACCCUGCUACUACAGGAACCAAGAGCCUCACCAACUAGCGGUUUAG